AAACGCCUGUCACGUGACUCACCACACGCGACCUACAUCUUUGAACAACAUACACGGAAAUUCGCAUCUGUCGUAUUAUUACUUUUUAUUGGUAUAUUCUUCUGGGUACGGAUGUAAAAUUACUGAAAAUGAAGUGGACUAUCUGGAUAUUUGUCGCGACUAGCCUUAGCGCUGUGUCUUCAGAUUUCCCGCAGAAUCCAGAUGUGAAGUUUACUGGAGUCCACUCUCUGCACUAUACCUAUAGUGCUCUUUCUUCUAACCAGAAUGAACUCCCAACAUUUGUGGCCAUGGGCCUCAUUGAUGAUCGACAAAUUGAUUACUAUGACAGCAACACAAAACAAAAAGUUCCUAGACAAGCAUGGAUGGAAAAAAUGAUGAGUGAAGAUUAUUGGAAAAAGGGCACUUUGUCUCGCAAAAGCAAGGAGCAGUGGUUCAGGGUAAAUGUUGAUAUCUUGAUGUCGAGAACUAAUGAUACCAAUGGCCUUCAUGUUUUACAGUGGAUGCAUGGAUGUGAAGUUGACUUUGAUAAGGGAUCUGUGAAAGGAAUGGAUAUGUACAGUUAUGAUGGAAAAGAUUUUCUGUCUUUUGAUAAGGAAAAUAUGCAGUGGGUUGCCCCAGUUGAACCAGCACUUCAAACAAAGAUUAAAUGGGACAAAGAACAAAUCUUGAACCAAUACACCAAGGGAUACCUAGAAAAUGAGUGUGUUGACUGGCUUAAAAGGUUUAUGAAUUAUUCAGUGGGAGAGGCCACCAAGAGCAAUGUUCCUACUGUGAGGCUUUUUGGCAAGCGUAUGACUGAUAAGGUCAGAGUUACUUGCUUGGCAACUGGCUUUUAUCCCAGAGAUAUUAAGGUUUAUAUCACAAAGGAUGGGGAAAUAAUCACCCCAGAGGAAGAAGACCCUCUACCAAAUGAUGAUCACACCUUUCAGACUCGUAGAAACAUAGAUAUUAAUCCAGAUGACAAAAGCAAAUAUGCCUGUAAGGUGCUUCACAACACCCUGGAAGAAAAAAUUAUUGUACCAUGGGAUAGAACAAUAUUGAAUGAAAAUAAAGGAAAUGGAAUGGUUUGGGGCAUCAUGGGUGCCUGUAUACUUUUAUUUUUCUGUAGUAUGGCUGUUCUUGUUUACAAAUACAGACUGAAAAGAGUGCCUGAAACAUCAAGUGCUACUAGUAAUGGAAAUGCUACUUUGAAUGCAGGAAAUGGACUGCCUGGCUAUCCAAAUGGACAUGUUGGAAUCUCGGUUACUAACUUGGGUGAAUGUAGUUCACUUUUGAAACCAGAAGUGGGUUUCAGCAAGUGUAGUCUGGCUGGUUCUUCAGAUUCUGGAAAUGCUACUUUGAAAGCAGAAAAUGGUGGAUCCAACAAUCUCUUGUUUACAGGACUGCCUGGCUAUCCAAAUGGACAUGUUGGAAUCUCGGUUACUAACUUGGGUGAAUGUAGUUCACUUUUGAAAUCAGAUGAAUUCAGCAAGUGUAGUCUGACUGGUUCUGCAGAUUCUGGGGUUGAUGUAAAAAAUUAAAUUAAAGUGGCAGAAGACUGAUUCUUUCAUUGGGCUGUGAAUAAAAGUUCAUUUCUGAUGUCCGUCAUGUUUACCCAUUCCAUCUUUGGCGAUUCUCUGAAGCAGACUUUUUUUCUUCCACCCAUUGAACUCUCAAAAAAUAAAACUAGUCAUAUUUUAAUAAAGAUGUAAAGUUUUCCUGGUUCUUUAUUAAGUUUGUUUUAGUUUAUUCUUAAGCUGUCAUCUUUUUAUAUAUUGUGCUUCAGACCUUGUGGUAGGUAAUGGUACAAUUAGUAGCCAUUACAGUUUUAUUUUUUUAUUUCUUCUUAUAACUUUUAGAAUCAGCAGUUGUGUCAGUUGUUAUUUGCAAAAUUUAAACACAUACAUCUGGAGUAAAAAGCUACAGUAAAUUUUCCUCUUUAAAAAAAUUAUCAAAACCAACAACAAAAUCACAACAAUUGUUCAAUGUGCUAUACCAUACCUUCUGACACAAGUCCAUAAUUG